UGCUCCUGUCUAGACCAGAAAAAGCAUCCCCAAAUCCCCCACCGAUACCGAAGCAGCGACUCGUCGCCCCCCCUCGUGCUCGCCGCCGAGCCGAGGGCGAAAUGCAGCGCCCGCACGACGCCGGCGACCCGGGCGGGUGGAGGCACGACGAGGAUCCCGGCGGCUUCGACAGAGGCGACGGGGACGGCUCUGGCGACGAGGUGCGGCAUCAGGCGCCGCCGCCGGCGCAUGACGGCCCCGGGGACGCGCUGUGGCGGUGGCGGAGCCAGGGCCUCUCCGAGGUGGUGCUCUCGUGGUCCGUGGACCAAAUCCUUGACAAGGACAUGCUCCGCGACAAGGUGUCGAAGAUACAAGAUACAUUUAGCAGCAUGGAGCAGUACAUGACAUCGUUUUUUGGCCCACUUUUAGAGGAGGUCAGGGGUGACAUGCACUCAAGCAUGGAGGACAUCUCCAACGCUCCAUAUGCAACAGUGUUGUCAGUCAAUUCUACGAGGAAGGGGAAGGGAUUAUAUGAUAUCAAGCUCGGUAGAUGGAGGGGAACUUCUCAUGGCUGCGGGAUUGACAAUUAUAAGCCAAAAGCGGCAGAUGUGCUACUGAUUUCAGAAACGAGACCGACAAAUCAAUCUGAUAUUCUCAAACAGUCCAAAUCAUGUGUCAUCGUAUGGGUCAAUAAGGUUCAGGGUGAUAAAAUGACAGUCAAGGCAUCACGGUGGAUGGAGACUGGGGCUCAUGGAGAUGAACGGCGGCAGAUGGGUGUUAACAAGUAUGAUAAGAUGUAUGCUGAAGGUUUGGACGAGUCUUGGGACAUUCUAGAUCAAGAAGCAAUGGCUCCAAAAUCUAGGUACUCAUCUGCGCACAACAAUGUCUGGAAAGAACCACCAAAAGUUGGAAAGUGUAGCCAUUGGAAAGAACAAAAUGAGAUGGAGACAUGUGAUUCAUCAAGGCGAUGGUCCUUCUAUGCCAUGUACCUGACUAAUAUGGUAACAUAUGACCGUGUUUGGGUUGUGCUCCGAAGGGGUUUGACAAUGGAUUCCAAAAUCAUUCAUAACAUGUUGGGCAGAAACAAUUACGCCCUUGGACAUUGUAAAUACUGCAGCAAUAAAUCACAUGAUGAAAUCAAGGGUGAUCUCUGCAAUUUUAAGUUGAAUGACUCACAACUUGAUGCAGUAGCAAGUUGCAUUUCGGCAAGUGAAUGCAGUCACAGAUCUUCUGUGGGGCUAGUUUGGGGCCCACCAGGCACUGGUAAAACUACAACAGUUGCAGUGAUGCUACAAAUGCUUCUGAUGAAGGAACAGAGAACUCUUGCAUGUGCUCCAACUAAUAUGGCUGUCUUGCAAGUGGCUUGUCGUCUUCUUGAGAUGACUAGGGACUUCUCUCUAAGACACCGUUAUUCAUUGGGUGACAUCAUUUUAUUUGGUAACAAGGACCGUUUGCAAAUUGGCAAGGAGUUAUCAAAAAUAUAUUUGGAUGAUCGUGUCCAGAAGUUGUUGCGGUGCUUCAACCGAGAAGAUGGGUGGAAGUAUUGUGUGAAUUCUGUCUUAAAAUUCCUAAUAAACUGCAUUUCUCGGUACAGAAUGUCCCUAGAUAUACAACAAGCGAGCAGUGAUGCAUGCGGCCUUACCUUUAAGAAGUAUUUUACAAGUAAAUUCAGCACUUUAACCAAGGAAUUGGUAGCAUGUAUAGAUACAUUCUAUGACCAUCUGCCAAGGGGUUCCCUGGGCAAGAACUUUGAUAGAAUGAUGUUUGCCAAAAGUUUGGUAGAUAAAUUGCAGCAGUUGCUGAGCGCAGAUGAUGUCUCCGAUGAGCUUCUUUUUACAAUAUUCAAGCCUUCUGACGACUCUUCUAUUAGUCAUGAUGACCAGAUAGAUGAUGAAGCUGAUGAUCUGCAUGACUGUAAUAUCUCUCCAGAUAGCCCUUUGGACAUAAAAUCCCUUUGUAUUAAAACCCUGAUGAGUCUUUCAAAGAUGCGGCUUCCUUGUGAAGACAAUGAGCUUUCAAUCCGUGACUUGUGUUUGAAACAAGCAAAGCUUAUAUUUUGCACUGCUUCUAGUUCAUUCGAGUUGUUCAGACUGCAAAGUGUGAUGCCUAUAAGCAUCUUAGUUAUUGAUGAAGCAGCACAACUAAAAGAAUGUGAAUCACUGGUUCCUCUAUUGCUCCCAGGGAUAGAACAUGUUUUACUGAUUGGGGAUGAAAACCAGCUAUCAUCAUUGGUAAAGAGCAAGAUUGCUAAAGAUGCUGACUUUGGACGAAGUCUCUAUCUGAGAUUAUGUACAAUGGGUUACAGCAAGCACUUGCUGGAAGUACAAUAUCGAAUGCACCCUUGCAUCAGUAAAUUUCCAAAUGCCAAUUUUUAUGAUAACCGGAUUUCAGAUGGUCCCAUUGUCAAGCAGGAAGACUAUGUCAAGCAUUAUCUCCCUGGUCCUAUUUAUGGUGCUUAUUCAUUCAUUCAUAUUGAAAAUGACAUGGAAAUGCUUGAUAACCUUGGUCAGAGUUCCAAAAAUAUGGUUGAGGUUGCUGUAGCAGCCAAUAUAGUUGAAAGACUUGCGAAAGAAUGCUCUGAGAAGAGGCAGAGAACCAGUGUUGGCGUAAUAUCUCCGUAUACAGCCCAAGUAAUUGCAUUGCAAGAUAGACUUGGAAGAAAGUUUGAGAAGCAUGAGUUUCUAUCUGUUACAGUAAAAUCUAUUGAUGGAUUUCAAGGUGGCGAGGAGGAUAUUAUAUUGAUUUCAACAGUUAGAUCCAAUAAAGAUGGGAAAGUAGGCUUUCUCUCUGAUGCUGGGAGAAUUAAUGUGGCUUUGACAAGAGCAAAGUAUUGCCUCUGGAUCCUUGGAAAUGGAACCACUUUACUGGCUAGCAAUUCAAUAUGGGCUGAGUUGGUCCGUGAUUCAAAAAGACGUGGAUGUUUCUUUGAUGCUUCUGAGGACAAGGACUUAGCAGAAGCAGUCAUGUUUGCAACUGGGCUCGAGCAACAGAAACAAAGAGAACAUAGGAAUGGCCGCGCAAAUCAUGCAAAUGGAGCGCCAUCUUGGUCAUCAAGGCGUGAUGUUGUGGCUGUCAGGAACAGCCCACCAAGAAGAUGGAAUCAGCUUCCAGCUUCUGGCAAUGCAAGGAGCAUAACCAGAUCUCAUGAUUGGGGGCCAAAUGUGUGUCGGGCAGACACACAUAAUUUCUCAGCUGGUAAAGAGGAAAGAACUUCAAGCGACCAACAUGGUUCAGUGGAACGGUAUAGAGGAUGGCCCAAGCAGCAUGUUGGGCGGGACCCUCCUGGUAGGCUGUAUCGUGAACCCCUGUGCAGUGGUUCUCAAACAGGCAAUGGAAGACAUACUCUUUCUAGAUCAGCUCAGAGGCAAGAAUCACAUGGCCAAACUAGUAUUCUUGGUACAAGGCAACCUCCGGGAAUUUACUGCAAUAGGGAAUUACAGAACAAGGCUAUUUAUCCAGAGGUUCAGAACGCGACUGCUUAUCCAUGCUGGCACGGUUCUUUUCAGCAAGGGUUCGAUUCAUAUAGAGUUGCUGAUUCUGAAUUUGGUAGGAUGAAUGGAGACAGGCAAUUCGGUAGUCAUCCGCGACAAGCACCAUACAGUCGAAUUCACGGUCGAGGUAGAGGAAGGCCUUCAUAUCCUGAGAAAGGAGAUAGGGGAGGAUGGCAUGAACGGUUCUUUUACCGUCAGACAGAAAAGCCUCGCUGUCAAGCGCAGAAUGGCAGUUCUGAAACUGCAGCCCACGAACUGCUAGCUCCUGAGCAGAGAGGGAUGAAAAGACACUGGCACGAAGCCGAAUCAUCAGAUUCGCCGCCACAGGUCAACACAAAAAUGAGACCUGAAAGUGCAGAUCAACCCCUUUGGCAGGAGCAGCAUGGGGGUUCUGGAGGUCUGUCCCACAGGCUACCUACAGCCAUGCAGGGAGGGAUGAAAAGAGAUGGGUGUGAAGCUGAAGCAUCAGGUUCACCUCGGCAGGACAACAAUUCAACAGUGAGACUCGAGAGUGCAGAUCAACCUCAAUAUCAGGCGCAGGCUGGCAGUUCUGGAACUGCUUCCCACAAACUGCCUGUUCCUGAGCAACAAAGCAUGGAAACAGACUUGUGUGAAGCAGGAACAUCAGAUAUACCAGAACAACACAAACUUCAGGCUCAGGAUGUUAGUUCUGGAGCUGAUUCUCGAGAAAUGCCUGUUCCUGAGCAGCAAGGGAUGAUAUCAGACUUCUGCGAACAAGAGACAUCAGAUACACCAGGACAACACAAACAUCAGGUGCAGGAUGGCAGUUCUGGAGCUGCUUCUGACGAACUGCCUGUUCCUGAGCAGGGAGGGGUGGAAAUAAAUUUCUGCAAAGAAGAAACAUCAGAUACACCAGGGCAACACACACAUCAGGCUCAGGAUGGCAGUUCUGGAGCUGCUUCCGACGAACUGCCUGUUCCUGAGCAGCAAGGGAUGAUAUCAGACUUCUGCAAAGAAGAAACAUCAGAUACACCAGGACAACAUGAACAUCAGGCGCAGGAUGGCAGUUCUGGAGCUGCUUCCGACGAACUGCCCUUUCCUGAGCAGGUAAGGGUGGAAAUAAACUUCUGUGAAGAAGAAACAUCAGAUACACCAGGACAACACAAACAUCAGGCGCAGGAUCGCAGUUCUGGAGCUGCUUCCCACGAACUGCCGGCUCCUCAGCAAAGGAUGGUAACAGACCUGUGUGAAGCAAAACCAUCAGAUGUACCAUAUCAGGCUCAGGAUGGCAGCUCUGGAGCUGCUCCACACGAACUGCCUGUUCCUGAGCAGCGAGGGAUGGGAACAGACUUAUGCGAAGCAGAAACAUGAAAAAAUACACCAGGACAACACAGAAAUAAAACCUGAAAGCGCAGAACCAGAUAGCUAGACACUUUUGAAUUUCAAUAUGUUACCUUUCUUUUUUGCUCUGUAUAGGCUAUAAUCUUGUGAUGUUCCCAUUUGGUCUGUAUCCAGAAAAAAAAAACCUGUGUAUAAUAACGCAUGUAACAUGUAGAUCUUCUUUUGGCUCGGCAACGGUGGGGGAAACCGGAAACCUGCCUGAACAGUAGUGUGUAGAAUUUGCACCAAUAAGAGUGUUUUUUGGAACGGGCUAGAUAUCUAUCCCCUUGUAAUAGUACUUGUGUUCAUGUGUGUCAGGCUUUGGCCAGGGACACGAGAAAUUCAGAGCUUCAGAGUUCAGACA